AAACCCACUCCAAACGAAAAAUUAGCACCUCGUUGCUAUUUACUCCUACUAGACCAUUGACGUUGACCUGAAAAAGGGUGAACAAGAAAAGAUCUCUGACCUUUUUAGCUCAGUGAUUGUUCCUCCCCUAAUUGAACCAAAUGCUACUCAUCUUCCAUAAAUUAUAAUCACAGUUUGCUAAAGCCUAUUCACUAAGGUUGUGUGGUGUGCGGAGUUGUAGAGAAAAUGAGCUCAAAAUAUUCAGGUGACAAAGCUUCGGAUGUGGACAGCUGGUUCUGGUUAGUUGCCGGUCUGAUAGCAGGCAUGAUUUUGAGUCCGUUAAUAUCAAGCUGCUUACCCACUUGGAAAUCCUCACUCAAGAGCAUGUUUGAGACUCUGCUGGAUCAGCUGGGCCAUCGAGAAAGACCUUCAAGCAUGGUCAACGAUUCAGCUUCCGCUCAUUUUCUGGAUUCAAACAUCAGAGAAGGCUUCUGCCUGAUCGAGGACGAAGAUUCAUCUUCAUCUUCCUAUCAUUCUGUGGAUUCAAACAUCAGCGAAGUCAGUUCGCUAUGCGAGGAAGAUAUUGCUCCCGUUCAGUUUCAGGAUUCAAACAACAGCGAAGAAUGCGUGGAUUCCCAUAAGCAGGUCUAUAGAUACGAUGUGUUCCUAAGCUUCCGUGGUCCUGACGUCCGCAACAAUUUCGUUGAUCAUCUUUUCGAACGACUCACUAAAAAAGGCAUUUUCACAUUCAAGGAUAAUGUAAGGCUCAAGAGAGGAAAACGCGUUAAACCCGAGCUAAUGGAUGCAAUUAGAGAUUCACGCCUUGCUAUCGUUGUCUUCUCUAGCACAUACCCGACCUCAACGUGGUGUCUCGAUGAAAUGUCCGCUAUAGCUGAUCUCCAUCGACAAAAGAAACAAAUUGUUGUCCCAGUUUUCUGCGGCAUUACUUCUUCUGAUGUUGGAAGACGAGGAGGCCCAUACGAUGUCCACUUCAAUUCAGAGCAAUACAGCAAAAUUCCCAAUAGGGUUGACCGAUGGAAGUUUGAUGCCAAAUAUUUAGCCAAAGUGAAUGGUUUCCCUAUAAACCCUGAGAGACCAGAGACUAAACAGCUGGAAGAGAUUAUUGCUUUUGUUACAAAGGAAUUGAAUCAUAAAUUCACAAUAGACAUCAGUGAUCUGAUUGGGAUACAGCCCCGUGUGGCAGAUCUAGAAAGACGACUCAAGUUGACAUCAGAGGAUGUUCCCUUUCAAAUUCUCGAAAUUUUGGGCAUGAGCGGGAUAGGAAAGACAGUUCUUGCUAAGAUCUUGUUCGACAGAAUCUCUUAUCAAUUUGAUGCUUGCUGUUUUAUUCAGGACGUCAACCACAUUCAUAAAAUGCAUGGCAGAGGGGCUACUACUAAGAUUCAAAAACAGAUUAUUCAUCAGCUUUUCCAGGAAGAAGAUCUACAAUUUCUAAGUUCUCCUGAAAUAGUCAAGAUGCUACAAAAUAGGUUAUGUAACCCAAAUCUCCCCAAAAGGGCUCUUAUAGUUCUUGACGAUGUUGAUGAUCCAAACCAAUGGCAUAAAUUGGGAAUAUUGCCUAACUUUCUUGGUGCAGGAAGCAGAGUUGUCAUAACUACUAGAUUUGAGCAUAUUCUUAAUGUGAAUACUACAGCAUAUGAAAUUUACGAGGCUCCACUGUUGAAUGAUGAUGAUGCACUGAAACUCUUUCUAACAAAAGUCUCCAAGAGUGACUAUCCUAGCACUACUGUCAGCGGUGUAUCUCAUAAGAUAAUAGAAUAUGCUCAACGCCUUCCUUCAGCAAUUGAAAAACUGGCUUCCUCCUUCCAUCCAAUAGGUGAAGAGCUCUGGGAAAGAGAAUUGGUGAAAUGGAGAAAAUAUCCGAAUGAAAGGUUUAUGAAGUCUCUUCAGGAGACAAGUUAUGACGAACUGAAUAGAGAUGAGAAGGUGAUAUUUCUAGAUAUAGCCUGUUUCUUUGGGGGGAAAAGGAAGAAAUAUGUGGAGCAUAUUUUGGGGACUAAAAUGUCAGAUCCCUACCUUGCGAUUCAAGAGAUUCGGAGGAAGUCACUCAUAACAAUUAGGAACCAUGAAAUUCAUAUGCAUCAAAUGUUACGAGAAUUGGGAAAGAACAUUGUUCGGGACAAAUAUCCAGAAGAGCCAAAAUAUUGGUCUAGAUUGUGGGAUGUUGAGGAUUUCCAAAAAGUCUUGAUGUCCGAUAUGGAAGCAAACAAAGUUCAAACCAUAGUUUUGGAUGAUGAUGUCUCCAAACACGAGGACAUGAAGAUUGAAGGAUUAUCAAAUAUGAGGGAUCUUAGACUGCUUAUAUUACAUCAUAAGAGCUCCUCAGAAAACCUCACUUUUCGUUUCAAUGAGCUAUACUAUCUUUUAUGGCAUGGUUACUCGUCCACUUCUCUCUCACUAUCCAUAUGGUAUAAUCUUGUUGAAUUAAAUCUAAUUAAUAGCAGAAUCCAACAACUAUGGGAAGGCAGCCAGCCAAUUCUUUCUUGGCAGGCAAUUCCAAAUCUAAAAAAGGUGGAUUUGAGCAACUCGAAAAAUCUUAAAGAGAUGCCAAGUUUUGAAGGUUGCCGAGGACUUGUGAGACUAGAUCUUUCAGGAUGCACAAACCUAACGAAAGUGCAUGAAUCAAUUGGGCUUCUUAAAGAACUUGAUUGUUUGAGUUUGCAAGACUGUACCAGUCUAGCCCUUCUUGAUUUUGGCACUAAUUGUCAGUUACGUUCUCUGAGAACUCUACUUCUCUCUGGCUGCACCAAGCUCGAGCACACGCCAGAUUUGUCUGGGCUUUCAAAUCUUAGGUACCUGGAUCUUGAGCGAUGUACAAAUUUGUCCACAGUUCAUAGGUCUAUUGGGGAGCACGCAACACUCAAGUACUUGAGUCUGAGAGGCUGCAUAAAUCUUGUUCAUCCACCUGACAUUGUCAAUGGCAACUCAUCCCUCCUAAUUCUAGAUUUGAGCGGUUGCAUGAGGAUAACCAACCUUCUCUGCCGCAGACGAAAAUUUGCACCUUCCUCCUGCCUGGAAUCUUUGAUAUUUCUGAGUUCUGACUUCCUUGAGCCAACAAGAACUCUUGAUUUUGUUGCAAAGAUGAGGUGUUUAGAAAGACCAAACCCGAAGAAACAGGGUUUCAGUUCUGUAUUUGACAGGGACUGGCUUUGUUCUAAGCUGACAUAUUUAAACCUGGCAUACUGUCAUGAGCUUAGAAGAUUUCCUGAGCUAUCAUUUCAUGGCCUUCAUGAGAUGAAAGGAACUUUAGAACGGUAUCCACAACUCUCCAUCAUAGGUCAGGAUUAUAUAUUUUCAGCUUCUACUGUAUGA